CGUGACAGUUUCGUUUAAUAAUUCUGUCUUAACUUUGGAUUGCAUCGGACUGUUGGCUUUGGAGCGAGCGAUAAAACCACAAAAUGAAAAACGUAUGGAUGAUAAUCUUUGCCGUUAUUAUAAUCAGUGCAAAUAUAGCGAUAACGGAGAAAGCAGAGCGCCUUGGUCGAGUAAAACUGCAUAAAAGUGCUAAAGCAACAUCUCUCGGGGACGAGAGGAAUGCGGAAAAGAUCCUGACGUACCGGAGUUACGGUAUUCAACUUUACAGUACGGCAAGUCGCAACUAUUCCACUAAAAUUAUUUCGCACAGAAAAACAAGACGAAAAGGAUUUAUUAUUGUUUCCCGCUUCAGGCGAGAUUUAGUAUCCGGCAAUAUUAUUAUAACACACAAUUUUAACGAGAAGAUUGUGACUCCCGGGGAUGACGUAAGUUUACAAUGCACUGCAACGGCUGAGAGGCCACCUCGGUUCGUAUGGGACAGAGAUGGAGUCGUCAUAUCCCCAAACACAGAACAAAGAUAUACUAUAGGACAGAUGAUGUCACCCAACGGAGUCGGUGUGGUGUCACACUUAAACAUAACACGGUCUAGAGUGGAGGACGGAGGGUUAUACUCCUGCAUAGCGGUGGAAGGGGAGUCUAGCGUCAGUCACUCUGCUAGGAUUGACGUUUAUGGUCCACCGUAUAUCAGGUCUUUACCGCCAAUAAAAGUUCAGAGCGGAGAGCCCUUGAAGUUGCGGUGCCCCUACUAUGGGUUUCCAAUAAGCAAACUCGAAUGGGAGCACAGGGGAAAAAGAGUAUUAAGUUCAAUGAUAUCACAACAUCCUCGGUAUAAGAGAUCGAGCCAAUCACAGAGGAAGCCCACUGAAAAAAAUCUUAGUGAAGAACAAUAUUAUACAGGAAAUGAAAUUAAACGUAUAAAGCGGCAGAUAUUUGAACCUAAUGAAGACGGAGUUCUAAGUAUACCAAAAGUAUUGAAGGAGAGUAAUGGAGAUUCCUACACGUGUAUUGUACAUAGUCCUUCAGGUGAAAUGGCAAGAAGGUCUUUCGAAAUUCAAGUAGUCGAAGCUCCUGAACUGGACGAGCUGCGCGUGGGCACAGGGCUGAAAGAAGGACAGAUUGUACAGAUAACCUGCAACAUCAUCAGUGGCGACCCCCCGAUAUACUUCUCCUGGUUGAAAGAUGGGAAGAAAAUGCCAGCGAGUCUCAAGAUAAAUGAGAGAAGUUCAGAACUAUUCAGCGUUUUAAUCAUCAAGAGGGUGUCUUUGGAACACUGUGGAAAGUACACCUGCAUAGCUACCAAUCACGUCGGAAAAGUGAACCAGACAGCCGACCUUUUCAUAAAUGUGGCCCCAAAGUGGAUAGACGAGCCUACCAACUCGUCCCUUCUGCUCGGGCAGAGAGGAGUGGUGUACUGCAACGCCAACGGUUACCCUACUCCGCAGAUACACUGGAUGAAGAGAGACGCCACACUUGGUAUUUGGAGGCCCGUCCUCGACCUCGCUGGCGGGGGCAUCAUGAGCUAUCCCAACGGCACCCUUGUCAUCGAAGUUGUGUCACUGGCGGACGAGGGCGUGUAUUCUUGCAACGUCGAAAACGGCGUCGGGGAAAGUUUGAACAAAAACCUGUGGAUCACAGUCAAUAAACCAGUGCACUUUGAGUCAAUGGGCUCCAAUGUGACAACUAAGGUGGGCCUGCCGGUGACCCUGACGUGUCGUCCUCUGGGCGACAACCCCAUUCGGGUCAAAUGGAGCCUCAACGGAAACCCCAUAGACUUCACUUCUUCCAGAAUAUCGGUAUCUGAAACCAAAAGCCACAACGGAAUCAAAAGCAUCAUCAGCAUCAGCUUCGUGGAGAGCCGAGACGGAGGGCACUAUGAGUGCAGAGCUAGUAACCCCUACGGAGUAGCGGCUUACAAUCUACAUCUAAGGAUACUAGAACCUCCUACCCCUCCACUGGACUUGCAAGUGGACUCCGUGACGAGUGACUCGGCAAAGCUCUCGUGGCGCGAUACUAUCAGUUCCCAUGUCCAGUACUACAACGUUCAAUACGCCACAAAUGACUUCAUGCUUUGGGAUACCGCUAAGAGCAUCAAUAUUACUAGACAAGACAACGACAUUCGUCAGAGCAUCGAGCUCCGAGACUUGAUGCCGGCCAUGGACUACAGAGUGCGAGUGGCUUCGGGGAACCAAGUCGACCUCAGUCCUUUCACGCAACCUGCACAUUUUACUACGCAACAGAAAGCUCCAUCAUCCACCCCGUUGGGAGUGCAAGUCCAGGCAACGGAUAACCCCGGAGAGCUGAUAGUGUCCUGGCUGCCGCCGCCUCGGGACAGUCAUAAUGGACAUCUGCAAGGAUACCAUGUCAAAGCGGUGCCGAGGAUCGGGGGUGACAUUGGCACAGACGACACCCAAACUAAAGUUUUAAAGGUGAUGUCGAGAAAAGGAAAACAAGAAACAACGUUAAGCGGCCUGUUAAAAAAUACAAGAUAUGCUGUUUCAGUGAGCGCUUUUAAUUCUGCCGGUAAUGGGCCAUUUUCGUUGCCGGUUUAUCAAACUACAAGAGAAGGAGCUCCUGAGCAGCCACCAUCCGGCGUCGAGUGUCGCGGCGCGUCGUCCACAUCGCUACGCGUGUCGUGGCAGCCCAUCUCUGCGCAUGGCACUUCUCUGAUCGGAUAUUCCAUCUAUUAUACCACUGAAGACGGAUCUUGGCAAAAUAUGACUUCACCUCACACCGAGAUAUACCUGCAGGCGCUUUUGAAGUACAACAACUACACUAUCAAAGUGGCCGGGUUCUCCAACUACGGCAUGGGACCGUUUUCGUACCCUGUCGUUUGCACUACCCUUCAGGAUGUACCGGGACCUCCGCCAGAGAUAAAAGUUCUGGUAUCAUCGCAGACAUCUCUUCUCAUCAGCUGGAAGCGACCGAUACAUCCCAACGGCGAGAUCACGCAUUACACUGUUCAUGUCAAACCAGUUUCCAGUACGAGUUCUCCACAAAGUUAUCGAGUGGAAGCGACUCAAGAGUCAAACUUGUCACGGCACCUGACAUUCCCAAUCUCAGGGUUAGCCACUGGAAAGCAAUAUGAAGUGUUUGUUAAUGCUCAUACCGUGGCAGGCGAAGGAGCGGCCAGCAACAGGGUGCAUGCGGAACUUUCGUCAAAAGUUGUUGCUGGAGUUGCAUCUCUCGGAGGUCCAAUAUCGGUGGGCGUGGGCAGCUCGCUGCUGCUGGUGUGCCAGUGUGUGGGCGUGCCGCCGCCGCGCACCGUGUGGUACCACAAGCAUAACAUCAUCACGCACCACCCGCGCUUCACCAGGAACCAUGACGACAGUCUGCUCAUAAACAACAUAGACCAGUCCCUAAGCGGCAACUACACGUGCCUGGCGAAGAACCUGUACGGUUCAGACUCCGUGUCGUAUGUCGUGUCCGUUUUGCCGACGCCGGAACCGCCAGCAGUCCGUGCCGAGCCUCACAAACACGCGCUGCGUCUGAUGUGGGAUGCACCAAGAACUGCUGGCAGAGCUCAGAAAAUAACUUACAACCUAUCUUGGAAAGAAGCAAACGGGUCCUGGCAAGACGCGUGGUCAGAGAAGGGAACCAUCAUCCAGGGCGCCCAGGAGUACACCCUGCAGGGCCUGAAGUGUGGUUCGAAGUAUUCGCUGCGGAUGACCGCGGCCAAUAGCGUGGGCGCCAGUCAGCCGGCUUACAUCGAUGCCACUACUUUAGGAGGAGUGCCUGUUGCUCCAACCAGCACUGAAUGGUUUUGGAGUAAUUCCUCCCAUAUUUUUAUCCAGCUAAGUGGCUGGGACGACAAUGGUUGUGAAAUCAUUAAAUGGGAGGUGGAAUAUAGAGAAUUUACGAGUAAAAUUUGGAAGAAGGCCGAGAACCGACUUCCAUCACUUGAUCAAGUUUGGAGUCACUAUGCCGCUACUUCAGUGUUGAAUCAGCCAAACUCUUUUGUGAUGGCGGAUCUGAGCCCAGCCCAGUGGUACCAGAUCAAAAUCACUGCUGAAAACUCCGCCGGUGCAACAACUUCUGUGUUUUCGUUUGCUACCACUACUUUAUUAGGAGAAAGCAUAGGGCCGCCAACGGAUCUCCUGGACCUCAACAUGUUGGUCAUAAUCUGUAGCUGUAUUUUAUUAACAAUUUGUACGUUUACCUGCAUCUACAUAUUAGUCAAAAGGCACAACCAUCAGCGAAUGACCGAGUACCGAAACUCGUUGACGGCUGAGUGCAAGUCUGAGCGCAGCAACGUGACAGUGAAUACGCCACAGAGCGUCCCCACUGAAAUGAACAACAGGGUUUACAGUACUCCAGUACAUUUGACUGCUGAUAGCAAACACGAACUGUACGAAAUAAGCCCGUACGCGCAGUUCGCGAUCGGCUUCAGAACCUUCGGGCACGUGGACAACCAAGAAGUGCCAAGCAGAGUGCACCUGCCGAGCAACAGCAAAUCGCGAUAUGACAGUGAAACAAGUUUUCAAAUGCGCUCGGAAUCUGAAGAAAGUGAUUGCGUAUCACGGACAACUACAUUAAAAAGCGUUCCAAGAAAAGGCUGCAGAGUUCCACAUCAUAGGUAGCCGACGCCUGAAUUGAACUUAAACUAGUCAUCAAAAUAAUUAUAUCGCAAACGGUUGUGUUGCCAAACUCACAACGAGUUUCUACCAUUAGGUAUAUUCAGAAAAUGAAGAAAUGUACUGUUUAUUUUUUCUAAACACAUGUACCUAUUUUUUUUGGGCUAUGGAUUUAUAUAUUUCUAAUCAAAAUCACUGCCUAUUGAUUCACUUUAUUUUGGGAGUAGACUAAUCCAAAAAAUGUAUGAAGGCAUAUUUAUUUUAUUUAGGCGUAGUUUAGGGUCUUGUACAUUUACAUUCAUUUCUUAUUUUUAUAAUGUCAUGUCAUUGUCACUCAUAAAAUAAGUGGGUACCUACCUGUUUUGUUUUUCCUGUUUUUAAUAAUGUUUUAGAAAAUCGACGAUAUAAUAAUUAUGCUACCAAAAGCUGCCAUUGCUCACUACUUACAGAUGGUGAUUACAGCCCCUCUAGCACAACUUGCCUUAUCUGAAAUGUGUUCAUUUGACAGGUUAUUAAAUAAGAUAUGAGUAUUUUGCCUAUCAUUGACUAAUUAGACUGUAGUAUAUCUACCGUCAAUACAAAGACAAAGCCCUCUAGACAGACCACCAAAGGUAGCGACAAAACGGACAUGCACAUGACAAAAAAAAUUAAUUACAUUAUCCGUGAAACAGUUUUCUCGGUUAAACAAAUGGCAGCGUUUCAACCUCAUUUUCAAGCGACAGAGUAAUGCAAAAUUAUAGGAUCUGAUAUUAAUAUUUAUAACAAAUAUUAACCUACAAUACUGCCACUUUGAAGCGACAGUCUGUAGCGAUUUAGAGACGCCUAAGAAAUUCAAAACACGGUACGCCAUUUGUAAUCUAGUCAAAAUAGUUUUACCGUGUCAAAAAUUAACAAGUUUUCUACCAAAUUUUCUGAAAGAUGUGUUAUCAAAUGUACAUAUUUGUAAUAAGUAAUUAGUUAGGAACAAUUUUAUUAUUAAUCUUAGUUGUUAGUAAACAAUAGUGUAAUAUACCUACGCACCAAAACAAAAAUAUCAUAGAAGUCCGUAUACACUUUAUGUUUAUUGCUCUCCGUUUUUUACAAUUAAUUUGAGCUGUUUUAUUACUAUACUAGCCUAUUUUUAAUUACUGGACAGUUGCAAUAUGUAUCAUACAAAAUGGCAGCGAAAAAAUAAAGAAAUGGUAAUAAAUAAACUCAAGAAUGGACAUGAGAUCAGAAAUAAACGAUGAAGAGUCGGAUAUAGCAUUAUACAUAUUGAAAUUUGAAUUAAAUUGAAAUAAAUCUAGGUUUAUUGUUUAAACUGAAUGAAUAUAACAACAAUUUAUUAUUCUCUUUAUUCAUUUUAAAUCUCAGGCUAGGUUAUUUUAUAAUAUGAUUAUAAAAGUAAAAUACAAAACCACUUACAAAACAAUAUAAAAUAUA